CUUUAAUGUUUAGAUUUCAUCGCAUACCCAAAUAUUUCCUUUCUCUCCAUGAGUAUUAAACAGCAGAAUUUUUCAAAUCGUUUUAACUUCCCAUCCCUCCUGGAAAGAUUUGCAAAACUCCAGAUGAAGCUUACAAGGCAGCUUUAAAAAUCAUUUAGGAGGGAUCAGAAAGAAACUCCUUCACAGAUUUGGUUGUAAAGGCAUAAUGUCACACUGGUGGAAGAGGCAAGGGAUAUUUCAAAGAGAACGGAUUUAAUAGUGUACCUGUGAAUAUCUAUUUAGGGAAUUCACAUAGUGUCAAAUCCUGAAGAUGUAAAGGAAUACGCUAGUAAAAUGUUGGGAAACACAUUGAUAACCAAAUAAACAGGAAGUUUGGGAAAGAAGUGCGAAAUGGUUUACGUAGUAGAAAGAAAUUUCCUAAGAAAGGAAUUGUAUUUGUCAAUACUCUUGGACAGAAAUACAGGAGGUCUAGGGAUUGUAGCUUCAGAAAAGGGAGGCAUUCACAUAGAGGAGAGUGAUCCCAAUUAUAUCAAGAAAUUCUCAAUUGAAAUGCCCAGCAAUGUAGAUGAGAUUGAUUUUUCCAUUUAUGAAAAUGUCUCAAAAGUCUAUAAAUUGAAUCCCAUCUAGCAUAAUCAGAUGAAAGAUGUAAGCACCAUUGUAUUCAUAUUUAGAUUUUGAAGAAAAUGUUCGAUAUCUUUUUAUAAACUGAUGCCACAUUGUUGGAGAUAAAUCCACUUGGUAUUGAUUUGUAAGGAAAUUUGAUUAUUUGUGAUCAAAAACUUAACAUUGAUGAUAACUCAUAAUUUAGACAACAUGCUAUCUUUCACAUGGAGGAUGUCAGAUAAAAAGAUUGGAAAGAAGUAGAGGCUUAGAAACAUGGAUUGAAUUAUAUUGCUUUAGAUGGAAACAUAGGUUGUAUGGUUAAUGGAGCAGGAUUGGCUAUGGCUACAAUGGAUUUGAUUAAAUAAUAUGAAGGAUCACCUGCUAACUUUUUGGAUGUUGGUGGUAAAGCCACAGAUUAAGAGAUUGUAUCUGCACUCAAAAUUAUGGAUAAAGAUCCUAAUGUUGAAGCCAUUCUUGUUAAUAUCUUUGCUGGUAUAGCAAGGUAAUUGUAUAAUUAUUAUUAUCAAGGUGUGAUUAAAUAGUUUUGGGAUUAUUAAAGGGAUUGACAGUUUUAGGUAUGAAAAAACCAAUGGUGUUGAGAAUGAAGGGAACAAAAGUCGAGGAAGCAAAGAAAUUAAUAGAUGAAUCUGGUUUCAACAUGAUAUUUACUGAAGAUCUAGAUGAAGCUGCAAAGAAGGCUGUUAGAAUGGCAGCAAUUUUAAGAUUAGCAAAGGAAGCAAAUAUAAAUGUGAAUUUAACAAGUUGAUAUAACUUCAUUUUCAUUUAUACAU